AUGGAAGUGCUGGGAGCCGCGGCCUCGGUCGCCGGGCUCAUCAGUCUGGCCAUCGAGAUCCCGAAGAUCAUCGACACCGCCAUCUCGAUGAAAUCGGCGCCAGAGGAGGCGGGCCAGCUGUCGCGGACGGUGGACGCCCUGGUGACCGUGCUCCAGCGACUCGAAGAGUUUUUGAAAUCUGACGCAGCGCAGGAUCUGGAGAUGGCAGGCGACUCCGGCUUGACGCUGACAAUUUCAGCCUGCCAGGACCGGGUCGUGGAUCUGUCGAAAAAGCUUCGGAAGCAGUCCCUCGCGGGGACAACGUCGUCAACGUGUCCUGCAACGAAGAGGGUGAAGACUGCGUUGUCCAAGUUCCAGUGGCCGCUGGACAAGAAGGAGUGUCUCGAUCUCAUCUCGCAACUACAUAUCAUGCAAAGCACUUUUGAGUUUUGCUUGGUGAUCAAGAACUGCGAGCAAAUGUCAAAAUCACACAAGGAGGUGCUCGCGUAUUUUAAAUCUCAAAGGGACGCGCUCAAUCAGUUGGCGCAACUCUUCCCUGACCAGGCUGCUCAUGCGGAAAGUAUGCUCGAAAGACUGAAUGCCGUCCAGUCUUGCAUGUCGCUGUCUGCAGAGAGACUUAGCCGCAUUCAGGUGGGUUUGGAUGAAAUGCAUGAGAUGGAGACAGCCCAGUUAUACGGCCAAGCUUUGGAGUGGUUAUCUCCUAUUGACCCUUCUGUGAAGCAUCAUGAGAUUUUGGCUGAUAAAAUCUCCGGGACUUGCAAAUGGAUCGAGACAGACUCAAGAUUCCAAAAGUGGGCAACUUCUACCAACGACGUUGUGUGCUGGGUCGGAGAUCCUGGUCAAGGCAAGACAUACACAAUGUCUCACGUGGUAGAGUACCUCAAGAACCUCGUGAAGUCCAAGCCAAAGACAUAUGUCACGUAUCUUUAUUGUGACUACAAGAGAACAGCCAAUUUCUCAGCAACCGCACUCUUUGGGGCUCUAGUCAGGCAACUUCUCCCACAGUUGAACGCAUUGCCUAGCGAUGCAGCCAGGUUCAUGCGCGAAGCAAAAGUCAGACUAGGAAGACCCACUGCCAGGCUAGACGAGAUCCGUACAGUGCUCGAGUUUCUCAGAUCCAGCGUGUCCAAACUAUAUGUCUGCAUUGAUGCUCUAGAUGAGUGCAAUGAAGAUGAAGGGCUUGUUGAUGCGUGCGGAAAGAUUCCAUUUCCGACCUCGUUCUGCUUCAUUGGGAGAUCUUCUAUUGUCCACACUGUCAGAAGGACAUUCCCGAAAGUAAGGGGCUACGCCAUAAGAACCCAAACAGAUGACAUCCGUGCAUUUGUGGCGAGUCGGGUAGAAGCAGAUCGGGCCCACCAGCCGGACCUGAUGCCCAAGUCCUUGGAGGAUGAGAUAUUAAAAGAGAUACCAAGUCUUGCCAAUGGAAUGUUCCUCUUGGUGUCUUUACAUACAUCACUCGUUCUCAGCCACAAUACAAUAUACAGACGCCGGCAGGCCUUGCGCAACCAACCGAGCACGCUCGACGAUGCUUUUGGACAGACAUUUGCUCGUAUCAAAGAACAUGUUCAUACCGAACAAGCGCUGAAAAUCCUCGCUUGGAUUCACUAUAGUGGAACUCUAUGGAUGGAGGAGCUGCGCCAUGUGCUAGCAAUCGAGCCAGAGCACCGUCGGUUCGAAAACGACAACCUUGGUAGUUCCUCGACUAUCUUGGACUGCUGCCUUGGGCUAGUGCGGCUCAAUAGACGAUUGAUUCUGGGCAGAAACAACUACUCCAGAGUUGCAUUGGCCCACGAAACCUUGAGCGUGUACCUCGAUUCUCACCGGCAUAUACUGGCCAGCAUUGUACCGGUCCUCGCACAUACAUGUCUGACAUACUUCUCCUUUCAGAUCUGCGACCGGCUGCCACUUAUCUACCAAGUUGUGACGGAGGGUCUCUUCAGGUUUUUGCAAACAUCAAAGCACAUUUCGAGUGACUUAGAGGAAAAGGUUUGGAAAUAUUGUGUCAACUUGAACAUCCAGUUGAACAGCUGUGCGCCCGGAGAGUACUUACUGGGAAUUCCCGAGCAUGUCUCAAAGUUUUUGCACUUCGUCCCCAACAGCUUGGGGGGCAAGAGAAUCAAGGAGCCUGCAAGGCAAUCUUUGAUUCACACGGCGUGUAUGCUGGGUAUUGACACCUUGGAUCCGAUCCUGGACCGUCUUUCUCAAGCUGUAUAUACGGCUGCAGAACAUCCUAUUAACGAAAUGGACUGUGCGGGAAUCACCCCCUUGGGCUGGACUCUCAUAUCACGGAAGUACAAAACAUACUACGCUCUGAUGGGCAUUGGACCAUCUUUUGUGGACUGCUCGAGCCUUAGUCUUUGGCGCGCGGAGCGUUUGAUAAGAUCAUUUCCUGCAUUGGAUUGUAGCCGCGCCUUGUGGAAUGGGGCUGCUCUGGACAUUAUUCACGGCUGUACCCACGCCGAAGCUACUCGAGAUAUUUGUCGCUCACGUUUCCCUUUUCCGUGCUUCUUGUACAACUAUCCAUCAUCGCCCCAGGAAGCACAUGGAUGCUUGUCUGUCAUGACCCGGGAUCCGCGUUGGAACGUAUGGACCUGCCUCCAACCACCCCGAGCGGGUAUUCGCCUGCCUGUCAACAGGCUGGAUGUCGAUUUCGGAGACAGCCAAGUGUGGGCUCUGCUCUUCUUGCGACCCGAUGAGCGACACACUCGGAAAACGUCUGAAUUUGAAACUAGGGCGUUUCUAUUCGAUGCUUUGGGUUCCUCACAGCAGGGCUAUCUCUCUCGCGCUGAGGUCCUCAUCGCGUUGUUUGAGCCAGGUGGAACCGCGCCUGUGAUGGUAACCUCAGACAGGGCCAGUGCCGUCAAGACUGAAGCUCAUUUUGACUAUCCAGACAUCCGGGAGCGAUCCCUGACGACAGUACCCGAGUGGGAGGGUCGGGUCCUUUUCAUACCGCAAAGGCUACUACUUUGUGUCUGCGCUGUCAUCGGUAGUAGCACCUUGACAAACCACCUACUUUCUCAAUCCAUAUCGCAGAUAAACUCGCCCGAUCGAUUUGGACGCACGGCACUAGACUUGGCUUUCAGGGAAGGCUCGGAAGAUGUUAUUCAUGCCUUGUUGAGCUGCCCCGGGGUCGAUCUCAUCAACAUCAACAACGCGAGGGUCUCAGCCCUCCACAACUGCGCGCACUUCAGGAUGACCUGCCUUGCCGCGAAGUUUCUGGAGCAUUAUCGAAUAGACGUUAAUCUCCAGGAUAGCCUUGGAAGGACGGCGUUACACCUAGCUGCAGAGGCAAGGUCGCGAGCCAUCGUUCGUUUGCUGCUCAAGCAUGGCGCAGAUGUGCUUGUGCAAGACUAUCAAGGCAACACGGCACUGCAUGCGGCCAUAAAAGCUGGGGAUACAGUCAUUUGCGACAUCAUGCUGGAAUCACGCUCAAGCAACAAUAUCUCUGCCAGCAACGCCCAACUUGCGUGGAAGUUGGCCCUGGAGUCAGGAGCCAAAUUCACCAUGAAACUCCUCGAUGCAUUGCGAAACACUCCACAGAGAUACCUUGAAAGCGGAAAAAGCCUUUCGUUAUCGACAUUGAAUCAGCAAGCUGGCCCUAUGAAAUUCUUCCUGGCGAGAUCGGACAUGACCGAAAAGGAUCUCGAGUUCAUGAUACAGUUGGAUCGCACAGCUGCCGCAGAUCGUACACGUCAAACAACCGUCACAAGUAGUGAAAAUUCUGAUACUACUGCCCUAGACUUCUCUAAUCAUCGAUCCAUCAUCAAGGACGCUUUGAUGAAAGGCGCAGUGAAUGUCGCCAAUUAUAUGAUACGUCAGCACCCCGAUGACCUUAAUCAUAUCGGGGAGGACGGCGAGUCUGCCCUUCAUCUAGCAGUGAUCCACGACGCCCCGAAAGUCGUGCAGUUCUUGCUUGGUCUCAGCGAUUGCGACCUGGACGAACCGGACCCCGAAGGGUACACGGCGCCACAAUUGGCGAUUAGAUACAAACGACUUGAGAUCCUCGAGACUCUUCUCACAUCAGGCAAGGUGUCGAUGAGGCAGGUUGACAGAAGCGGGGCGACGCUGCUCAUCCUGGCGAUCAGACAACGAUUCCCGGAUGCAGUGCCUCUUCUGCUCACAUGUGACGACGUGCUCGUCAACCAUAUUGAUGAGUCAGGUCGUGCCGCAUUGCACUACGCAGUCACUCAGCAGGACAUCGCUACAGUCAAGCAUUUGCUGGCCUGCCCACAACUAGAUCCCGCGGUUCUCUCGCGAGAUGGGAGGACUGCACUGGCGUUCGCAGCCCCUUGUGCAAGCACAGGCAUGAUUUCGAUCUUACUCGGGACAAACAGUAUCGAGCUGGGGCAUCAAGAUGAGUACGGGAAGACGGCACAUGACUGGGCGCGAUUGAACAGCUGCAGGGAAGUGAUUGAAGCGCUUUGGCUACCUGAAUGA